UUUUGUGGGAUAAACUCAAACUGUAAAUGAUAGGGUUGGUUAACUCAUUGGGGUAGUUUAUAUUUUUGUAGCGUGGUGUCGACCUGAAUAGUAAAUAUUGAGGUUCGACCACACUUGAAGGCAAACUAUUCCAUAGGCUGACCACCCUAUCAGAAAAGGAACAACACUGCCUUAACUGUAGUCAUGUCUGAGAUUUUCAUAUCUUAAGGUUUGGCUUUCUACUAUUGUCUGCAUAGUUUUUUGUAGAAACAUUAUUUGGAUUUGUGGAUUUCAAGCCUCUAAUGAUCUUAAACUUUCAAAAGAAAAUCACACAAGUUUGACAUCAAUGUUGUUGGAGAAACAGAAUUACCAUGGCAGUGGGGGGAAACCAGAAUGGAAACAGUAGUGAACGAGCUAUACAAAGGUUGCUGUCAUUAUUAGAACAGCUUAGUGACCAGGUUCAAGGCCGAGAAGAGGACAAAAUUUUUUUAAGGGAAUUGUUACAGAGUCGUCCACUUCAGGCACUUGUUUUUGUGUACAAUCGAGUAGCCAAUCAUAAAGGAAAAGGAUGGAAGCCAUCUAGUCAAAAUGCUUCUCUCUUAGGAAACCAGAUAGUUGAAGAGCUGAGAAAAGGAGUUUCAAAAGAUCAGCAAGAGCUUUGUCAGUUGUUGCGAGAUCCUCAUGUGAAGGGACUUCUUCAAACACAUGAUCAGAUAGCAAGAAAAGAAUUUGUUCCUGUUCUACCUGAUGUUCCUACAGAAGUUGAUGAAGAUGAGGAUACUGUAAAAAUUGUUCAAUUGGUGAAAAGUAAUGAGCCUUUGGGGGCAACUAUAAAGUACAAUGAGGCAACUGGAGCUAUUGUUAUAGCACGCAUUAUGCAUGGUGGGGCAGCUGAUAGAAGUGGUUUGAUACAUGUUGGGGAUGAAGUUCAUGAAGUAAAUGGGAUCAGUGUACUAGGAAAAUUGCCUCCUGAUGUAGUCAGUAUUCUGCAGCAAACACAGGAUGGUACCAUCACUUUUAAGCUGGUGCCAGGAGAAGAUUUUUUCCAUGCAAGAGAAAGUCGGGUGCGAGUGCGGGCUCACUUCACCUAUGACCCUUCUCUUGAUCCCCAGGCUCCAUGCAAAGAGGCAGGUCUUCCAUUUAGUAAAGGUGAUAUUUUACAUAUAGUCAAUCAGGAUGAUCCCAAUUGGUGGCAGGCCAGGAGGGAGGGUGAGAGAAACUCUAGAGCUGGACUUAUACCUAGUCGACAAUUACAAGAAAGGAGAAUAGCUACCAUAAGGGAUCUUUCCUUGAAAAAAAAAGAGGUGUUGCCAAGGUGUCAGUCACCAGGCUUAAAAGAACAGAAAUCAAGAAAAGUGAAAAAAAUCAUGUACGAUGUUUCAGAAAAUGAUGAUUUUGAUAGGGAGGAACUAGCAACUUAUGAAGAGGUUGCAAAACUAUAUCCAAGACCUGGACUACACAGGCCAAUUAUAUUAAUUGGGCCUCCUGGUGUUGGAAGAAAUGAACUAAAGAGAAGGUUAUUAGCAACAGAUCCUGACCACUAUAAAACCACUGUACCUCACACUAGCAGAACGAGAAAACCAUGGGAAGAGGAUGGGAAAGAUUAUUACUUUGUAUCAAGGGAGUUUAUGGAAGAGGAAAUAGGUUUUGGCCAUUUCAUUGAGCACGGCGAGUACAAAGGCAACCUGUAUGGAACUAAUGUGGAGACUGUUCGUUCCAUAGUAAACGCUGGAUAUGCUUGUGUAAUGAACCCUCAUCCACAGGCGUUAAAGUUGUUGAGAACUCCUGAAUUGAAACCAUUCAUUAUAUUCAUCAAGCCCCCCCAUUUGGAUCAGUUGAAAGAAACAAGAAUUAGAGCCAAUGCAAGAUCUACAUUUGAUGAAACCUGUUCACAUGGAUUUACAGAUGAAGAAUUCCAUGAAAUUAUUUUCAGUGCACACAAGAUAGAGUUUUUGUAUGGACACAUGUGUGAUGUUACAAUUGUUAAUGAUGACAUUGUUAAAGCCACAGAAGAGCUCAUUGCUACAACAAAACGGGUUGAAAUGGAUCCACAGUGGGUUCCUGCUAGUUGGGUGGCUUCCAGUUAGUAAUGGGAAGAGCAAUAUUUUUUCUACCCACAAUUAUUAUUAAUGAACAUGGAUGAGUGAAGGGGACUUUUCCAUGAACAUAAAAGUAUUUUAAUAUAUCUAUAGCUACAAAACUGUGGAUUUAAUUUUAAUUAUUAAGAAUUAGAUUUAUUUUGAGCAUAUUAUAAUAAUUAUUGUAUCAGUUUCCUUAUAUUUUUGUACACUCAGACUUCCCCUCAUUUCAGACUGAAAGAUUUUCAGUUUAAUCAUGAUAUGACCAAAAACUGAGGUGAAAUUUCUCGUUAUUUAACUUCUUUGGUGUGAUGUUCGUGUACAAAGGUCAGAUAAGUUUUAAUGGAAAGAGUAGAUGUGUCAACAUUAUUAGUGUUAUUCUGCACACAAGUGAAAACAAAUUACAAGUCCUAUAAAGAAACAGGUGAGAUUUUUAGGAAGAAUUUGUUUCCAUUUGUAUAGUUUGUGCCAAUGUGAUUACUAAACAUAAAGGAACAAUAUAACCUUACGUUUUCUGAGUGAAGACUUCAGUUGUUAAACCACAUACUGACUUUGUUAGAAUAUGUUAAACUUGAGAAAGUGAAUGAUAUUAGUAACUUGGGUAAACAAACUGUAGCAAUGCAUCAACAAAUAAACAUAAAAAAAAGAUGGAAACAUAAAGAAAUGAUAAUUUAUUUGGCCAAAACACUGUGUAUUUCUUUUUCUCUCUUGCAAUAAUUUUAAUUAGUAGCUAUUUUUCUGAACUUGUUUCAGUUUGUUCAUCAUAUUUUCAUGAACUUUUUACCAGUUAAUACUUUACAUAUCAGAGAUUCCCUUUGUGUACAUACAAUUAUUCGACAAUCAGCAAAGAAAAUCACUCAAAGCUAUCCCAGGUGUUGAAAUUUGAUUAAAUUUCUUACCUAUAAUGAUUUUUAGAAAAUAAUGUGAAGUUUUUUUGAGACCUAUGAAAAUCAUUUUAACGGAAGUUGAAAAAUUUAUUUUCUCUCGUUUUUUGACUUGGUAAGACCACUAUUCAUAAUGCAACAGUAGAGUCUGUCUAAAAUCUGACCAAUCUUAUACAUAAUUGAGAAAUGCAUCAUUUUUUUUAUAUAACUUUAAAUAUGAUUACUUUUAUAAGGUUAUUGAUAGUGGUUAAAUUCUUGUAUUUGUUGAAAGGAAAACAUUUUUGAUUAGAAAAUAACAUUUCAUUAUUUGUUUAUAUAGUGUUAUAUUACUAGUAGUUACCACGGCUCUUGGUGUUUUCAAGAUCAAUACUUAGUCAUUCUAUAGCUGAGUACACUGUGCUGGAGGUAUAUCUUAUAAUGCAUUGACUUCUUUAUUUGUGAUUGUUUGUUUCUGUUUCCUUGACAUUAUUUAAUGCGAACAAGGCGUGCUAAUUGGAUGUAUCAUGUUUAAAUUGUUAAAAAAAUAAACAGCAAAUAAUUGUCAAAUGUAAGCUUUUCUAAAAAUUGUAUAAACAUCUAUCUCAACAAGACAUUCCUAACAAUAGAAUAGGGGCAUGAAGCUAAGCCUAACAAGUUUGUACUAAUACUAUAUGAAUACUUAUGUCAGUUAGGUAUUCGGACAAACAAAGAAGUUUCGAAAGUAGAAAAGGGCUUUAUCUCAAUAAGCCUUAGAGUUAAAAAACAAAAAGCUUACUUAGUUUUGAAGAAUCAACAGGGCUGUUUGUUUACUUUUCUCUAAACGACACUGCCAAAGCCAUCUUUUGCACAUGUACUUUUGUUUAUUCCUGCUAAGAUGAUCUCUUCUAGGUUUUUCCCAAGUUUAUUCUUGUUAUUAAAGCCAUGUUUAUCAGAAUAACAUAUCUAGUAGUUAAAACCAUGUGGACUGACAGUUUAUAAAAUUUUCUUCUCAAUAAACCCGUCUUCAGAACAAUUUUUAAACAAGUUGGAUUGCUAGACAGUUUUUCUUUUAACACCCAGUCUAUGAGUCAGUGAGACAUUUUUGAUGGGUUGAUUCCCAAAAAAAAACUUUCCAAUAUAUCCUUUCUUUCUAGGUUCUGAAUAGAGGCUUGAACUUUCUACAAUACCUGGAAUCUGAAUUGCCCACUGGUGUGGCCAAAUUUGCACUAGUUUUCAGGCUACAAGGGAGUAGAACCCAUAAUCCUCUUCUAAAAUCCCUCACAAAACAUAUUACAAAAUAAAAUAUUUAGUUCCUCAGCUCUAUAAAGCUAUUUUCUCCAUGAUUUUUGAGAGUUCUGUUGAUAGAGAUGGCCAGGAAGGCCCAAUGAAGCUUACUUGUUGCUGUAAAGUGGCUAAAGUCAGUACUUGCCUGAAGUGUGUGCCAAGACAAAAAUUCUACUGUUUUGUAUAACAGGAACACAGACUGACCAAUCCCAUAAAUUCUACAUCUUGAAUACUGAAAAACAUGACAUCCCUCAAAUAUGAUCUUAGCAGCUUGUAGACUGGGUUCUUUUCUAGUAAUGUAAAUAUUUUUUUUUAUCUGACAAAUUGGCAAAUUAAUGGUAUUUAAUUACUAUGUCUGCAAGCAUUAAAGAUAUUGAUUUUAUAUGGUAUUUAAUUACUAUGUCUACAAGCAUUAAGGAUAUUGAUUUUAUAUGGUAUUUAAUUACUAUGUCUUCAAGCAUUAAGGAUAUUGAUUUUAUAUGGUAUUUAAUUACUAUGUCUACAAGCAUUAAGGAUAUUGAUUUUAUAUGGUAUUUAAUUACUAUGUCUUCAAGCAUUAAGGAUAUUGAUUUUAUAUGGUAUUUAAUUACUAUGUCUGCAAGCAUUAAAGAUAUUGAUU